UUAUUAUAUUAUGUGCCACCAUUUUGGCCGCAAUUAUCGGGUGUAUCGUAUACUUUACAACAAUCCAUAAAAAACAAUUCUUCAAAUAAUGGAAAUAACAGUAAUAAAUCUGAUAAAUCUAAUUAUUUCACAUGGGACAAUAAACAUGUCAAUUUGACUAUUGUUCCAAAUACUGCAUACAAAAAAAUAUUUUAUGGAAUGGAUUAUGGUCCUGUAAAUGCUACUUAUCCUUGGUGCACAAACACUUUGGGUGAUGUUAUUGAAGAUAUGAAAAUAAUUUCACAAUUAACUAACAGAAUCCGGCUUUACGGGAUGGAUUGUAAUAUGGCUCAUUAUACUAUAGAAGCAGUCGUUAAAUUGAAUUUGAAUAUAACUAUU